UAAAGUCGCACCUGAAAUGACAUUAGAUACUCUUUUGUCACCUGGUUUCGAUCAAGCCCGGUAACCACCACUAAGACAACGCUACCACACGUACACAGGACAUUGCAAACUUCAUUAUGACGUCUGCAGCAGUGGUUUGUGGUGGUUUGAUUGCCCUGGGAUUGUUCGUUUUGCAGGCGGUGGGGGUAGGCACACACUAUUGGUAUGUACUAGAAGUGAUAGAUAUAAGUAUGAUUAGUGCCGGCCUGUUCCAGAUUUGUAGAGACAGUACCAUUCUCGGCAGCAGUACCAGCCAGUGUUACAGUUACAAGAACUACGUCACCUCAGCGACUCUCGUUGACUUUAACUACUGCGCGAUUGCAGGGCUCAGUAUCAUAGGCUGUAUCCUACUGUUUUGCAAUGUCAUCAUCGGUUUCGUGGGAUGUGCUAGCACCAGACCAGGGCGUCCUACUGUUCAAAACCUGGGCGGCAUUUGGUUCAUUUCGGCCGGCUGCAUUAUCGCCGCAGUGGUUUGGUUUUACAUCACUCAAUACCAUGACACGCUUACAUCGCUGUCAUCGACCUCGCUAAAAAUCAAGCUUGGCUAUUCCUUCUACCUAGGCGCCGUGGCGAGUGGAGGCACACUUAUUGCCGCUAUAACCAUGUGUGUGACAGCUAAUAAAAUGGACGUCCCAGUUGCACAACAGGGACCCACGGGAUAUCCACAACCAGGAUUUCCGCAACCAGGAUACCCACAGCAUGGAAACCCACAUCCAGGAUACCCACAGCAUGGAAACCCACAUCCAGGAUACCCACAGCAUGGACACUCACAACCAGGAUACCCACAGCAUGGACACUCACAACCAGGAUACCCACAGCAUGGACACUCACAACCAGGAUACCCACAGCCUGGACACUCACAACCAGGAUACCCACAGCCUGGAAACCCAUAAACCGGAGUCGGAUAUGAGGAAACAGUCUUUCAUAACUACAUCUAUCACCAUUCUAUAGUGACACUUUACCAAUAAUGGCCUACAGUUAAAAAAGUACGAUACUUACGCUUUAACACAUGACCUUGCUGUUUUAAUGCAAUUUUUGAAAACUGUAGAAGGUUGUUUUCUUAUUUCUGUUUGAUUUUUGUGUGAAAAUUUCCACAUUUGGACUAUUUUGACUAGUCCACAUUAGAUUCUUUAAAACAACAUCCAGGUAUUCAUACCAACGUGCUGAUGCUUCCAUGUAAACAAUACUAGCGACAUUGUUGUACAGUGUGUCAUAAUGUCUUCGCAUGCAUAUUAAGCGAAAUUAGUCGGAAAAAGUAUAUUUUGAUGGUGCUUUAUAUUUUAUAGAUAGUAACACUGCUGAUAUACGUAACAUGUUUACGAUAAAAUGCAUAAACAAAUAGGUCAACAAUAGUUCAACAUCAUAUUUUCCAUUAAAGACUUUGUUUUAUUGAUUAACAAAUGUAGGAUUAGAUCAAACCGGUUUUUUGUUCAUUUUUUUUCUCACCAAAAAGGUGUUUUAUUGAUAUAAAGAGAAAGUAGGACCUACAAGAUAUAAAAAAGCAAAUGAUGAAACAGUCUAUUUAAAAACAAUUGC